UUCUUUUAAGGGAAUUUUUAGGUUUUAAAGAAGAGUCUUUUUAACUAUCUUUUUAAAUAAUUGUUUUAAUUUAUUUUGACUGUAAAUGAGAAACAUGCUUUGUCUCUAGUUCCAGGGAUGUGACCACAAGGUAUCAGAUGCCAGAGAAGGGUUGGCUCAUUUGGACAUACUUUGAGAAUUUUUUUUAAUUUGCUCAUAUUAAAAAGAAAAAAAGAAAAGAAUCACAAACUUCUGUGAGGGGGCCACUGAAAGUAAUGAUUUCAAAAGAGCUACUUGAAGUAGGACUAACAGGAACCAACUCAUGAUGCAAUUUAACAUGGAUUGGGCAGCCUACAGUCCAAAGGCAGGGGCCAUAAAAAGCUGAGGCUCUGGACUUGAGAGACAUGCGGCAAUGAAGACACUUCACCUUCUGUCAUUCUGCCUGCUCAUGGUAGCAAAUGAGACAAGGAAGUUUGAGGAUUGUGAAUUGUUUUACAAGCUGAGAGAUCUGGGGCUGGAUGGCUUUCGCGGUAUUGACGUAAAACAAUAUGUCUGUAUGGCUGGAUUCCCAGCUAAUUACAACACUGAAUACUACGAGACAGAAGAGGGUGUCCCACACUAUGGGCUAUUCCAUCUGAGCGGCCAGGAAUGGUGCUUUAAUGAGAGGCGGCCCUCACAGAACAAAUGCAACAUUUCCUGUGAUUAUCUCCUCGAUGAUGAUAUUGCAGAUGAUGUAAGGUGCCUUAAGAAGGUUAUCACCGAGAAAGGGCUGGAGUAUUGCCGCUGUUUGGGAAAACUGAAAACACAUGAUGCUUCCAUUUCAACAGAAGGGUGUCCAACAUACGUUAUGUACAUUGGCUCUUUGAAGAAAACAAAACGUAAGUCACUCAGAAAGAAGAUAGUAGAGUACUCCAGAUCAUUUGCCCAUGCACGUGCACAGAAAAUAGCAGCUGAAAGGCAACACAUGGUUAUAUGCAUUGAUCAUCACAUUGCACACUUAAUUAUUAUUAUUAUUGUAUAACUAUAAGAUUUUGUACCAUCCUGGAAGAUUGUAUAAACUUAUGUUCUCUGAGUAUAUUUCACUUAGUAGAAGGGGUGUGGCUGUGAGGGCACAUUGCUGGGACUAUCAAGAAGAUAGCACUUCUAAAUUUGGCACUACACUGCUGCCUAAAAGAAGUGUUGCCCAAAUCAGAACUGAAUUACAACUAAUAAGCUGAAAUGCACCCACCACACCCAUUAUUUGAAGGCAAUAACAGAAGGUUACCAGACGUCCCCAUUUCCCGGGUACAGCCCCCGGAUUUACAAAUCAGUCCCCAUACAAAAUCCAUUGAAGUUGAAAAG